UUUACAACAUAACUCCUUUCGUUCCUCCUCAUUGUCACCCUCGGGCCGCCUGUAACCAUGCCUAAGCAAAUCCACGAAAUUAAGGAUUUCCUUCUCACUGCCCGAAGGAAGGAUGCGAGGUCGGUGAAAAUCAAGAGGAGCAGAGAUGUGGUUAAGUUCAAGGUCCGAUGCUCCAAGUACCUCUACACACUUUGUGUGUUCGACCCAGAGAAGGCUGAUAAAUUGAAGCAAUCACUCCCUCCAGGUUUGAGUGUUCAAGACCUGUAAAGGGUGAGAGACCGAGAAGCAUCUCAUUCAAUCUUUCUGAUGUUUGUUUCUGUAGUUGAAGCUUGAGAAUUUUGCGAGUUGGUUUUUUAUAUUUAGAUAAUUCCUAGGACAUGGUUGUUUUUAUUUGUUAUGACAAAUGGAACUUGAAUUUACGUCUAAUGGAACUAUAUGCUGGAAU